AUGUUCUCGCAAGCUCAUGAGCUCUUACUUGUUAUAUAUUCCCCUAUGACCUGGAACCAUUACCAGUGUAACACCGUUAUGUUCCUCACCUGUCUGUCGAGAGUUCUUUUGGACAUUCCCACACUAGCCUAGGGUUCACUUUAGGGCUUAUAAGGCCCUUAUGGCCACAACUGUGUUUCCAUCUCUUUAUUGGUCUUACUAGAACCCCUCUUCCGUUUGGUUUCCCAUCUUCUACAAUUUUUGUAGUUGUAUCUUCUAUUUUUGUUACAUGUUGAUCCGAAUUUCUUCUUCGAUCUCCUCUCCAUCUCACUGCAUCUUGGUGGACACUGGUAACUUGAUUUCACCGCCUAGUUUUUUUUUACUAUAAAGAUUUUAAUGUCUCCAUUUCAUCUGUUCUUAGGGCCUUAAACACUCUGGAUCCGAAAUAUGUCAGUUAUGAGUAAGUUGGUAAGAGUUAAAAUUACUGAUACACAAUAAUCUUGAGUGCGAACAUGUUCUGCAUGACUUAAAAGUAAAAUUGAUAUCUUCUGUUGUUUCUUCUACACAGAAACAUAUGUUUGAUUAUGUUUCUGUCAAUACUUUUAAAAUUUUCUGCUGGUUUAUGGUAUCGAAUGCUUUCUCGUAGUCCACGAAUAUCAGUGCCAAUGGUUUGUUGUAUUCUGCAGACUUCUCUAUCAGAUUCUUUAUCCCUAGUAAGUGGUCGUUCUCGUUAGUGCUGUAUUCGGAUCUAAAUCCAGCUUAUUCUUUAGGCUGAUAGAAGUCUAACUUAGCCUCCAGUCUUUUUUUGAUAAUUUUUGUGAAAAGUUUAUAAUAUGUGCGAUAGCAAAAUGUUAGGACGGUAGAUUUUUUAGAUCUGUUGCCUCCUUUCUUGUGUAAUAAAAUAAUGGCUGCAUGGAUCUAUUGAGAAGGGGUUUUUAUUCCCUAAGGAUAAUUUUAUUUCCACCUUGUUUGAUCAUCUCGAUAACUUGGGAUCUAGUCAUCCGUCAUCGUCAAGGGAUCUGUUAUUUUUCAUUCCUAAAAGUAUCAUUUUGACAUCGUGUGGUGUUCUGACAUUAAUUCUGAUCUCGAGUUUGUUAUUUUGGGAUCUUUCCUUUCGUUGGUGCUCUCGUACAUUUCGCGAUAAAAGAAUUCGACAAUCUCGACGAUUUCGGUGCCAUCCCUAGUAACGUUUUCUUGAAUUAUUUUAGUUUUUUCUUUUCUAUGUAUUGGUUUCUUAUGACUUUUCGGAUUGAUAGGUCUUUAUUUAAUUUCUUCAGUGUUGUGUAGUUGGAGUCGUAUUUUUUCACAAACUGUCUUCUUUUACCUAUUAGUUCUAUGGUCUUCUGGCUUAGUUUUUCUUUAUAGGUCUGAAAGAAUAUAAAAAAAUUUUCAAUGAUAAAAGAUGAAAGUACCUACAAUAAAUAUAUAUAUGUAUGUUUUUUUCCUUAUUAAAGAUAUCAGAAUGUAUGUUUAUAGUUAAUUUUAUGUUACCAAAUAAAGUGAUACAAAUACAAGCCUUUUUAUUAAAAUAGAACUGGUUUUUCUUUUCACAUUUAUAGUUAAAUAAAUUGUUCCAACCAGACACAACAUUUUUAAUUUUUUAGGAUAGUAAACUAUAUAAAAACUGAGCUAGCCGACGACUGGGCAGCACCGACAAGGAAGAGGAAAGCGAAGAAGGUGUUAAAAUCAAAAUCCACUGCAAAAUCAAAAAGAGUGAAGAAGGAUCCACCCAAGUAUGUUCCAAAGCAGAAGCCGAAUCAUAAAGCUCGUGCCUGGGUCUGCAAGAUCUGUUUCGAAGAGUUCGACACCAGAAAAAACAUGUUCGACCAUAGGAAGUUGUUCCACGAAGACAUGGAGGAGAAGUUUAGUAAAGAAGACGACGAAAAGUAUUCUUACGACCCAAUACUCGAAUGCUACACUUGCAACAACUGUUCGGCGGAGUUUCAGACGAAGGAGGAAGUGACGAAGCAUAUUGAAACUCACGAAGAGACUUACGAUUGUCUUGAGUGUCAAAUAAGUAUUUCAGGUGCCUUGAACUUCUCCGCCCAUAUGCAGCAACAUAGGACAGACAGGUUCUUUCCUUGUCCGAUGUGCACCCACACUGCGAGUAGAAAGUCUGCGAUGCUGACCCAUAUAACUCGCAUGCAUUUUAGGAAAUACGACUUCCAAUGUCGCACAUGCGGCAAAUGCUUCAACGAUGCAACUACUUUUAAAGAACACGAGAAUUACCACUUGGGGGUGAAACCUUUCUCGUGCAUAGUCUGCAGUAGGGAGUUCAUAUACUCUCGGUACCUUGUGGCGCAUCAAAUCCGUAAUCAUAGAGUGAGGGUUCUGGAUAAAGACUCCAAGACUCAAUGUCACAUGUGCCCUAAAAUGUACGCUAGAAGUGAGACCUUGGUUAAGCACGUGCUAACCAAGCAUCUUACCUUUCACGAAGGUCCACACGAGAAGAAGCAUUUGUGUGACGUGUGCGGUCAAGGCUUCUCCAGAACAGACAAGCUGAAGAUACAUUACCGCAAGCAUACAGGAGAGAAACCAUAUUCCUGCGUGUACUGCAGCAAGAGCUUUAUUAAGAAAGAUUAUCUAAUCAUGCACGAAAGAAUACAUAAUGGUGAAAAGCCGUAUGUUUGUGAUCAUUGCGGAAGGUCGUUUAAUCAAGGAGCUCCUUUGAGGAUUCACUUGAGAUCGCAUACGGGCGAGAGGCCCUAUAAGUGCCCUCAUUGUAGCACCGGGUGCGUUUCGAAGGGAUCGCUUAACGCGCAUAUUAGAAGCUGCUUGAAUUCCGCAAUGUAAUAUAGACAU